AUGUCUACUACAUACGGUCUAUUCCAAGUACACGACUCGGGGGAGGCCAAGGUUGAUAUCGUGCUCUUACACGGGCUACGAGGUGACAUAGAGAAGACUUGGUCUAAAGACGGAGUUAUAUGGCCGAAAGAUUUACUCCCCCUGGAUGUACCCGAAAGCCGUAUUUUCCUCUUCGGCUACGAUACUAGCAUUGCUCAGAAAGACCCCACGCGGGUCGCCAAUACAGAAAUCCACAGCGAUGCUAACGAUCUUUGCUCUAAGCUUGUGGCUGAGCGUUCGAGCACCGGCACGGACAACCGCCCUAUCAUCUUCAUCGCCCACAGUCUCGGCGGCCUAGUCGCAGCGCAGGUCCUCGUCCACGGCGACCAGCGCGCCGAGGCGUCGAGCGCCGAGGCCAUCGCCAAGAACAUCCGGGGCAUGAUAUUCCUCGGGACGCCGUUCAGGGGGUCUCCCUCGGCGCGGAAAGCCGAAGCCGCUCGGCGGAUCCUGCAGGUUUUCGGAGUCAACACGCAAGAGCAUACGUUGAAGCUCCUCGGUGUCGACUCCGAGCGCUUGGACGAGCUCACUAGGGCUUUCCCGGAGGUCCUCAAUAAACGUCGGGCUUCUAAGAACCCCUUGGAUAGGAUCGAGGCGUUCUUCUUCUACGAGAUUUUGAAGACUAAGAUUGGGUUUGGCUCGACUCAGAUCGUCGAGCCCGAGUCCGCCCAGCUACCAGGCUGCGGCGACGCAACCCCUAUCCGCGCCGACCACAUCGGCAUCUGCAAAUUCAAAACCCAGAAAGACGAGGGCUACGGCGUAGUCGUAGCCGCCAUCCGAAAGAUCAUGAUACCUACCGGCGGCGAAUCUCAACAGGGAACCAAGAUCAUCAACAUCCUGGGCCGAGCGGUAAACGUCGCAGCUGACGACAUCAACAUCCAGAACCAGACAGUCAACUUCUAA